AGCCGACCGACGAACCAUGGCCAAGUCCUCGCUCCUGGUGCGGCUCACCGUCUCCGCGGCCCUAGCCGGCUCUGCAGGCGCCCUGGCCUACCACCAACUGGCUCUCAAGCGUGUUCGCCGUAUUCCGGUGCCAAGCAACUCGAUUCUCAAGACCUCGCCCCUGAACAACGCCGUCCAGGCAUCAACGAACCUCCCGCACUACUUUGACUGUUUCCUCGUCACCGUUCGAGCAUCGUCGCUCAAGGACUGGGCCAGUCUUCGUGCCCAGUUUGACCCUGCAAGCGACGAGGGUCGUCGGGCUCUGAACGACCAUAUCACGACCCAGUUCGCCCGCUCGUUCUUCACCUCCAGCCUAUUCUCGCUCGAAAGAAUGGUGCUGACCUUGGCAGGGUUCCCAAGGAAGGUCCUGACCAACGACCAGACUCGCCAGCUGGCUUUCCAGCCCGGCGAUGACGUCCCGCCCUUCGCUGUCAUCGAGCGCAGCGGAAACGAGAUUCUGAACAGCUGGGCGUUCCAGCCGCGCAUGGGCGGGCUCAACUGGAUAUCGGCCGAGUUUGUUCCGGACCAGGGCGACGGCGUUGUCCUGCUGCGAUACGGCAACGCCUGCUGGGUCGGUGCUCUGGAUACGAAGGCCGUCCCAAUGGAAGAGGACCGACUGGUAACCAGGGUCCAUCGGCUCUACGGGAGGAUGCUGAUGGACCUAGCUGUCCGCGGACUCGAAGCAUGAAACCCCCCGCACUUCACCGACAGUCGCUCGCCUCACGCCAUUCUCCUUCGUCUCCUCUGGCGGUGGCGACCUUCAAGCUGUACCAGGCACUUCCGGUGUGUCCAGCUACCGUUCCGCUGUGGGCUGACCGAGUCCUGCUGUUAAUACGACGUACAAUUCUAUUGAAGCGGCUGAUGUGCUCCGACUGCAAGAGCGGGCGGGACGGGUUACAGGCAAUCCAAUAAAAAACGGGACAUCCGGGGUUUUUGACCAUUCA